AUGUCAAUCGACCCACGAACUAAAAAAAAGUAUUGCGAAAUUCUAGGAGUUUCUAUUAAUGCUUCAAAAAGUGAAAUUAAAAGAGCUUACUUCGAGAAGUCCCGAACAGAACACCCUGACAAGCAUGGCAACUCCGAAGAGGCUAAAACUAAAUUUCAGCAAAUUAAGAAUGCUUAUGAAAAAUUAGAUAGCAAUAAUUCAAAUGAAAUUAGAGAGGAGAAUGACCCUAACUCGGAAGAUUAUUACAGCAAUCAUUACAACAAUUACCGCCAAGAAGCAGAAACUUGUAGCCAAUGUAAUAACCCAAUAAGCGGUCAAGGAUAUACAGACGGAAGUCGGAAUUUUUGUGCUUCUUGUGCUCAAAGAGCCUAUGGCAAAACUUGCACCAAUUGUAAAGCCCAAGUUGAAGAAAUUCAAAAAUUAGAAAACCCAGCGGAUAUUGAAAAUUACAAAAAUAAUCUCAAAGAGCAAAUUCAACAAAAAAGAGAACAAAAAUUAAUUAUUAUUAAAAAUAAUGUCAUUAACACUAUUAAAGAAAAGUUAAAAAACCAAAAAGGAGAAUUAAAUGACAAAUACAAAGAUUUUGAAACUCUUAUUAAUAGCCAAGCCAGCGUUCAGCAAAUUGCCCAAAUCCAAGAGGAAAUUUUGGCUUCUCUUAACCAACAACAAACCCAAGCCGCAAAACUAGAAACCAAAAAAGAGAAUGAUUGGGGUAAAAAAAUUGCUCUCGGAGCCGUGAUUUUAGGAAGUUUAGCCGGAAUUGAAUUAAAUAUAGAAAGGGCUUUUGCCGGUGCCGGCUUAGGAGGAGAAAGCGGUGCCAUUGGCGGAGCUUUAAUUUUUAUGAUUAUUGGAGCGAUUGCUUCUAUUGCUUUUCUUGUUUUGUGGAUUUACCAUUUAUUUUGUGGUAAUCAGGAAUUAGUUGGAGGAUUUUCCGGAACUUUCAAAAGAUGCUUUGAAUGCUUAAAGACAAAAGAUAAACCAAAAAAGCAAAAAUUAACCCCUGCUCAAAUUGCUGAAAAACAGGAAAUAAUAAAACAAAAAUAUGAAGAGGAUGUCAAAGAAAAAGAACAACAAAUCUUAAACCUCCAAAACAAACUUACUGAUAAAGAUAAUGAAAUCUUUGAGCUCCAAAAAACCAACCAAAACUUAGCCCAAGACCGGGACGAAUGA